UCUCACCUCGGUGCACACCGCGGCAGCUGACAAGUGUGAGGCGUGGAAACCCAAAAUGGACACCUUGGCAACUCUGUACACGCUUCUGUCACUCUUACUUUUUGUUCACGCGGACCUUGUGGAACAAUUUGAGGAUGUGCCUGAAUGCUUGAAGUAUUUCUACAAAAGUAAAGUGCCGAGUUGGGGGUCUUCAACACCUGGCACCGCUCGUCUCUGUCAGCGGUUUGUCAACCGGUACCACUUUGCCACAUUAUACGACACAAACCAUCGUAUCGCGGUUUACUCGGCAUACGUGUUCCAGCCCAGCAAUGGAGGUGGACGGGAGAGAAGGUGGUUUGUAGAGCCUCAGCUAGUCAAUAAAUCGUGGCAAGCAGAGAUGAAGGAUGGUUACUGGCUGGGGCGAGAUCAUCCUGGGAUCUACCUAGGCGAGAAACAGGCUCUCAAUGAGGACUACACACACUCCGGCUUUGACCGAGGUCACCUGAACCCCAAUGGACAUCAUGCAGUUCCUGGCCGCAAUGCCACUUUCACCCUCACCAACGUGGUUCCUCAGAACCCCAAACUGAACCAGAACGCAUGGAGAAUCCAUGAGUCUCAGCUGAAUGAUCUUUUCCGCCAAAAGUGUUCCAAAGCUUACGUUUUGGUGGGUGCAAUACCCUCUGCGGGCAAUUGGAUUGUCAAGAACAAUGUGAGGCGUGUCAACAUCCCAGACUACGUGUGGAACGCAUACUGCUGUGUGGACAACAACGACAGGCCCAUUCAGGGUGGCGCGGCUGCAGCCAGGAACACAGAAGACAACUGGGUGGAGAAAUUGUCUUUGGAUGAAUUUGGAGAGUUCUUGCAGCAGUUCUCAAAUCAACCAGUAGGAGAGCUUUUCCACAACAGCUGCAACAUUUGAUUUGGUGAUGGGAUUAUUGUGGGGAUUUUGCCAAAAGAUGUCAUGCAGAUUGUGAAGAAAUAUUUUUGUAAAACGGCAAAACAAAACGGUUUGUCUUUCCCUUUCACAGCAUGGCGGCCGUGCAUUGACUCAAUCCUAACAAAUGAAUAAAGACGAGCGUUCCAAGUUU